AAUAUGAGCGUUUGGGGAAUGUCGGGCGUUUUUUACAUUUGACAUGCUAACUUCAUAUAUUUGACGUGUAUAAGUGAUUUUUCGUGCAGAAUUUCAACAACAAUAGUUUUUCAACAUUUCCUGAUAGUUUCGUGCUCCGAAAAAUUUUUUUAGUCAUUAUGCCGCGGUACUAUCCCAAACAAGAGAAAAUUGUUGAUUUCGACAACAUUUUGAAGGCGAUCAAGUCGGUGAAAAUACAUCACAACAGCGUUCGACAAUCUGCGACGGCACACAAAAUUCCGAGGACCAACCUGAUGCGUUAUAUUGCAGCAUUUGAUGGUGCGAGCAUCGACGUUACUACUGCCAAUGCCGAUGUAAUGAAGAAUUUGCUGGCUGAAAGCACGACGAUGGGCACAAAAACAAUCUUCAACAUCGAACAAGAGAAGGCGCUGAUAAGCUACAUUCUCCAGGCCAGCGACAUCAACUAUGGAAUUAGUUUGAUGGAGCUUCGUAAGCUCGCGUAUGAAUUUGCUCGGAAAGUUGGCGCGUCGUAUCCGGAUCCAUGGAACGACAAUCAACAGGCGAGUAAGGAUUAGCAGUUGGCGUUCAUGAAACGC